AUGCAGUUGUUAUCCUCUUACCACCUCUGGGUAGCCGCCUUGGCCAUCUGCAUAGCCAACGCUUACCAUGUUCCACCUGAUCAAACUGGCAUCAACGAGAUGUUCGAUGAUGCUGCCCUCGUCCACCAAGCGCCUCAUGAGGGCAAUCUUGCCCACGACGUCGACCGAGUCAGAUAUAGCAGCUUCGAAGAAGACGAUGAUGACUACGCUUCAAACAGCAAGGGCACCAGUAUCCACUACGGAAAAUGCUACCGACUGCAAGACGACGACCUGUGGCUGGGCGGAGAUUCGUCCCCGUGGAAUUACUACGUCUUCGGACGCCGUUCGAACGUCCAGGCCUUCCAACUCUGCAAAUCAAUGAGAGACUGCGAGCGCCAGAACUCGAAUGACCAAGAGAUCCGGGAGGGUGGAAAGUUCUAUCUCUGGGACUUCCGUGGCAACCACUACUCCCAGAAUGGAGACUUUGCCGCCUGCAACACCCUGGGCAGUAUUUAUGCCGCGGGAGCUUCCUACCGGAACUAUGUCCAGUUCCAGGUGUUCACGGAUGAUUGUCCGCGUGACAGUUACUACUGCUAUCUUACGCUGAGUCUGGUGGGCCAGGCGAGUGGACGUAAUGGACUGCAGGUCAACAGGAAUAAUAAUUAUUUCCAAAAUGAUUACAGCGGAAGUACGGUUACGCUGCGCUUCAAAGAAGUCAACUGCUCUGAUCCAUGA